AUGGCGUCAAACAAGGACAUGCGGAGGGCUGAUCUUGCGAUCCCCUACGUCGACCCGCCCAAGAGCAGCAACGAUGGCGACAUCUCCGGCACCAUGUCGAGCACCAUGCCGAUGGCAGCGAUGUUCACACGCAACAGAAUGAUUGGAUGGGUGUCCUUCGUCUUCUCCCUCCAGUCCUGGCUCGGCGAGUCCGAGGAGCAGAAGAAGACUGCUGCUACCCCAGGCUAUCUGUCCGUUGGGAUGUCCCUGAUGGCCCUGAUUGUCACCUACUUCCCUCUCUUCAUGCCUCCACAGGCCGCCAAGGGUGCAACCGCUGCUGGACCCCCUGCGCCCUCUCCGUGA